AUGGGUUUAUCAGACCCAAUGAAAGGGUCCCGAAGGACCAGUUUUAUGAACAAGAUUCUGAAUGGGGACAGGCCAACUCAAGCAGCAAGUUUCCUGAAGAGAAACCCAACUCUUAAAAAGAAAGCUUUCGAGCUUCAGACAUUGUGUGAUGUCUCUGUUUCCAUCGUCAGUUUUGGUCCUGACGGUGGUUUAGAGACAUGGCCUGACAAUGAAGCACAGAUUAGAGCUGCAAUCAUGUCUUAUAAAGAACUUAAACCGAAAGAUAAACGGGAAAGCAACCUGUUCAAGUUCUUGGAGACCAAGAAAGCAAAACUUGUCAAAAAGAAAAAACAAUUGAUGAAAAGGAAGCUUGACGUAGCCAUUCAGGGAUUGUCAAAACAUGUGGAUGGGUUAUCUGGGCAGAGUUUAAUGGACUUUGUGAAUCUAUUUGAGGGCAAGUUAAAGGGUUUUCAGGAGAAACUAAAAUCUCUUGAAUCUGCAGCAGCAACUCAAGAUGAUACCCUUCAAGCUACCAUAUGUCCUGAUGCAAUAAACCCAUUACUCUCCUCUGCUGAUUGCCCUGUCAAUUCACUUGUCAAGUUUGAUAUUCACCAAAAUAACAAUCAAGGGCCAAAAGAUGGUACCUCUGCAUCUCUGCCAAGGAAAUGUCACAACUAUCCCACAACCUUAGGUAGCUUCGAGACUGGUAGUUUCAACCAACCCCGAAACGACUGCUAUAAGAACUUGGAAAAUUGCAGCGGUGGCAACAAUUUCUUGUACAACAGUAGUACGUUUGGGAGAGCAGAGGUCAAUUAUGGUAACAAUGCAGCGUUGUUUGAUCAGUUCAACAGCAAUAAUUUCUUUGUUGGCAGCAGCAGCAGCAACUCUUCUUUUGGGAUUAUAGAGGCAAAUGAUGGAGAAGCUAAUGCACAGGAAAAUCUUGGCAUGGUGGGAGAGAAUGACAUAUUCUGGUGGGAUGGUAAUAUGGUUCAAUAUUGA